AUGGAGCAAACGAUAUGGGGUCAUUUGCCAGUGCUGAUGAGGGCAAAUUCGAAAGAAUCUGUAGAAUACAUUCUUCAAGCCCUUUGGAGAACUCGAAAGAGUGGUCUUGGCACUACUGAUCGAUGCAUUAUCCAAGACAUACUUCAAAUACAGAAUGAAUCUGAUCUCGACCCACUUCUGGUUUGUCUCCGAAUGUUAAUCAGGAGGUCUGUUUAUGAAAAUACUUCCAAGGAGGAUAUUCCAAAGCUGUUUCCCAGUGAAGUUCUGCCUGAAUUGCAAAAUUUGUUGACAGUUUUGUUGCAGAAGUUUCAGCGAGAGUGGCAAGAAGAGGUUAUGAAAGAUCAGAAUAUUGUGCCUAGAUUAAAGGCGAUGACAUGGAAUAUGGCAAAUCUGGAGAAAGAAUCAGCAGACCCUGCAGCUGUUAUUGCUUUGAAGCUUCAAAAUGAUGCUCCAUUUCACUCAGGAGAGCAAAAUGUAAAGUUUCAGUUGGCUACAGAUUCUAUGGACAUGAUGCUGAAAGCCAUGCACUGUAUUAGAGACCAGUUUUCUACCAUGGAUGAGACACUGAAUGGGCAUUAG